AAAGGCAAGUUUUCUAUAUUCGUGCUUAAAAAAUUAUCAAAUUGGCGCCGCUACUUACAAUGUCAGCUCACGAGGACGAUGAUCGAGACGAUGUGGAGCAGGAAAUUCAUGUGGAUGUUGACUCAGAUUCGCGUAUGUCUUGUGGCAGCGGUUCGGAUGUAGAUAUGGAUGGUGGCAGUUGUUAUGAUGAAUCCGAAACUCCACUAAGUGAAUCACUACAAUCAGAGCAAACACGUUCCUCAUCCAGCGAGAAUCUACCAUUCAGCAUAUCACGCCUGCUUUCGAAACCCUUUGAGAAUAAUAACAAAAGUCCUGACAAGGACCUGCAAGCUGAACACGAUUUAGCUGCUUAUAAACUAGCAACGAGCAUAGCGACAUCGACCUAUGGUGGCGCUACUGCACUUUAUAGUUAUCCACAUUUAUAUCCCACAGCAGCAGCGGCUGCUGCAGCCGGACAUGUACUACGUGUGCCGCCACAAAGAACGCCGCUAACAUGGGCAUUACCACCGUUGCAUCAUGCGGCGUUAGCACAUCAAGCCGUCAAGGAUAGAUUAGCAGCUGCAUUUCCCAUAGCCCGUCGUAUUGGUCAUCCUUAUCAAAAUCGUACACCACCGAAACGAAAAAAGCCUAGGACCUCAUUUACCCGCAUACAAGUUGCUGAGUUGGAGAAACGUUUUCAUAAGCAAAAAUAUUUAGCAUCAGCAGAACGUGCCGCACUUGCGAGAGGUUUAAAAAUGACCGAUGCACAAGUGAAGACGUGGUUUCAAAAUCGUCGAACGAAGUGGAGACGUCAAACCGCAGAGGAACGUGAAGCAGAACGUCAAGCUGCAAAUCGUUUAAUGCUCUCUCUGCAGGCUGAAGCAAUUAGUAAAGGAUUUGCACCGCCACCUGCAGCACCCCUAACCGCACAACCUGUAAAUGGCGCGCCACUAGCUGCACUGCAUGGCUUACAGCCUUGGGCGGAGACACAUGCGGCUGGUUGCUAAUCCUCAAAACCGUUCUUCAGUGAUCAAUGCGGCUCAUUUGUGAUAAUGUUGUGUACAUAAAAAUAAUUCUAACUAAAUCUACUAAAUCUACAACUGUUGUAAUAAUAAUUAUAAAACUAUGUAUCCGGCAAGUAAAGUUAGGUCAACGUGAAUCACUAACACUUACUUAAUAUGUCUAAAGUACAAUAUAUAUAUUUAACUUUUGCUGGAAAGCACUAUUAGAAGUUUGUAAUUUAGUUCUAGGU